CUACGAUAAACUAAGAGAGUGUAGAGAGAGACAAAGAGAAAGAUGAGACGUCCGGGUGUCUACUCCGGCAUGUUCACCGGCAGCGACGCCUCGUCGAGAAUAGGUCCCCACUCCCUCCCUCUAACAAGAAUAAAGAAGAUCAUGAAGAAUUCCAGCGGCGGCAACGCGUCGGAUGCUAAGAUGAUGAUAUCAGUCGAAGCCCCCAUCGUCCUCUCCAAGGUCUGUGAACUCUUCAUAGAAGAACUCACCCGCCGAUCAUGGGCCGCCGCCGCCAUCCACGGAAAACGCAAGACCCUCCUCCACGACGACGUCGCCGCCGCAGUUAACCAAACAGACAACUUUGAUUUUCUUGUAGGCAUGGUUUCCCUGAGCGGUCGCCGGCGAGGGGCGGAGGAAGAUUCCGACGGGGUCGUCACCAAUCUUUAGGAGCGAAUAACAUCUCAAUACGACGACAUGCACUUAAUUUUAUCUCGUCCGCACACAAUAUUUGGAGCUGAGAUAUUCUCAACAU